UGCAGAUGGAUUUACCAAAAGGGUUCUGCUGUCCUGACAGGGGUGAGGAACUUGAGCCUCACCGUGCCCAGGGAAUUCUGUGCUGCUUUUCUGGCCAGGAAAGUAACGUUUUAAUUUUUUUUUUUUUUCUGGGGCAAAAGGUAUUGAAAUUAAUACAAGAUAAUGAAAUGCAUCUAAAUCAAUGAAAUACUGCGUUUAUUUCCUGCUGGACAGGGAAAUAAACCAUCCAAAACCCCAAUCUUUUGCUUUCUUGAGGGUAAAUUCAUGUCAAUUUAUACUUUGCUUUUAUACCUUAAGACUUCUCUAUCCAUUUCCUGAUUUGUUUAGGUAACUUACUUCCAGUUCAGCUCAUCAGGCAGUAACUCCUCAAAGUGCUGAUCACUUGAAAAGGGGCAUUGGAGCCCCACUUUUUCUAGAUACCAGAUAGAUAAAGGUAAAUUAAGUCCUACCUGAUCAAUCUCCUAACGUGGUGAAAAGCUCAGGAGAGGCUUCCUGUCAGGUAGGGUCUCCUCAUGGCCUGUAGAAGCAGGAAGGGUUGAGGCUGACUUUCUGUCUCACUCCAGGUGUUGGAUCAGGGCCAGUCAGGACUGUGUGUGGUUGCCAUCCCAAGCUGAAGGGGAAUGCCCAUCUCCACCUGACAUUGUGGCUGGGGAAUGGCUUAAAAGGUGAAGACCGCAGAGCCCUUAAAAUUGCACCUAAAAUGUUUCAUCAGCCACGCCUGGAGCAUCCCCCACAACGAAGGCACUGAGCACUGCGCCUCUCCCAUCCUUCUGCGGAUCCCUGGGUUCUGGUGGUGAGCCCAGAGCUCUUCCUGUGGCCACCAUGGAGCUUAACACCCUUAACGCCGAGUUAAAUACUGCUGUGAACAACGGGGAAAAAGAAUCUGUGCUGGAGCUGCUGGAGCGAGGGGCAGAUGUGAAUUCCAAGGUGGAGGGUGGCUGGACACCCCUGCACAUCGCAGUGCAAAACAAUGAGGUGGAGCUGGUCCAGCUUCUGCUGGACAGGGGAGCUGAUCUGCAUGCCAGGAAGGACAACGGUGGCACUGCAUUUACUGAGGCAGGGAUAGCAGGGAACGUGGAGAUCCUGGAGCUCCUCCUGGAGCGCGGGUCUGACAUUAACUACCACGACAUCAAUGGCUUCACAGCUUUCAUGGAGGCGGCGUGGUACGGGAGAGAGGAAGCCUUGAGAUUCCUGCACAGCAGAGGAGCACAGGUGAAUUUGAGGAGGAAGACCAGCGAGGAGAAAGCCAAGCUGCACAAAGGAGGUGCCACGGCGCUGAUGGACGCUUGCAGGGAGCGCCACUUCUCGGCUGUGAAAAUCCUGGUGCAGGAGAUGGGGGCUGAUGUGAACAUCCGUGACAACAAAGACAGGAACGCCCUGAUCCAUGCCCUAAAGAAGGGCUCGAGCAAAGAAAGGUAUGAGUCAGCUGUGUCCAUAGCUCUCUACCUGCUGGAGCAGGGUGUGGAUGUGAAGAGCAAAGAUGAAUGUGGGAAAACUGCCCUCAUCCUGGCUGUUGAAAUGGAGAGCCCGGAGCUGGUGACAGCUUUGCUGGAGAAGGAUGAGAUAGACAUUGACGACGCAGACGAGGAGGGCAAAACAGCCCUGAUGGUGGCCGUGGAGAAAGGUGACUGCAAAAUAGCAAAGUUGUUGUGUGAAAAGGGAGCGAGGACUGAUCUUGGGAACCUGAUUGCAGUUGCAAAGAGAAAGCGUUCUCAUAGCAUGGAAAAACUUCUCCGUAAGCACAACGCCAAGUUUGUUCCAGAAACCCCCAGAGAGUGGGAGCCAAACAGCAAAUGCUGGGGGGCCCAGCUGAAAAAACUUGAUCAGAUGUAUCGCCCCAUGAUUGGCAAACUGAAGACAUUUCCAUACAUCCAGCAGAGAAUUCAGGAUGGCAUCUACCUCGGGCUCCACGGAGGGACAGAGGUAGCAGUGAGAAUAACCCGCAGUGCAGAGGGUGACAAAGAGAAAGAGUUCUUGGAAAAAUGUUCUCACUGCGAGCAUCUACUGAAACUCUUCCAGUAUGAGAAGGAAAAAGGCUGCGUGUACCUGUGCUUCCCACUCUGGGAGAAGAACCUCCAGGAAUACCUGCAGGACCCUGAAGGCCAAAAGGAUUACAAAGCUGCUCUGAAGAUCAUCUUCCAGGCACUGAGAGAGCUGCACUCCCUCGGAUUUGCUCACCAGGAUCUACAGCCCAGCAACUUUGUCAUAGAUUUAGGUGGCAAAAUUUACUUGGCAGACUUUGGUAAUAAAAGAAGGUUGAUUGAAGGCCAAGAAGAACUUGUGAAGUCAGAUUUAGAGGCCCUGGGCAGGCUCGUGCUCUAUGUUUUAACAGGGGGUAGAAAACCCCUGCAGCAAGUUGGAAUCAAGGAUUUGGCUCCCAAUUCCCCAGAUUACUCAGAAGCUCUGGACCUUGUGCAAAGCCUGUCCUCUCCUGAUGAACGAGGCUUGGAAGGCUUGAGCAAACAUCCCUUUUUCUGGAGCAAUCAGAGCAGGUUCAACUUCCUGAAGUGUAUAUGGAAUAAAACCAAAGACAACCAAAACAAAAAAAGUAUUUUUCAACAUCCUAAUGUCACUAAGACAGCUUUUCCUUAUCCAGAGUGGACCAAAAUGAUUGACAAAGAUAUUUUACACCUCAUGGAAAAUCCUAGGAAUGCAAAACCUACCAAAUACAGCAAUGAUGUCAUCCAGCUCCUGAGGAUCAUGAGAAACAUGGACGAACACAAAGAUGCAGGGAUCAGCAAAAAAAUAGGAGACUAUGCCGAGUAUUUCCUGAAGGUUUUUCCAAAACUUACCAUCUAUGUGUACAACAGUCUACGCCAGAACCCCACGUACAGUCACUUUGCAGACUUCCAGGACCCUUCUCUGUAGGAUGUCACUGCCUCCUGCCCCAUGUCUGAUCCCACCAUCACUUCUUUUAUUUCUUAUUUGUUUGCCUGGAAAAGAGCUGAAGGUGUGGGUAAGGAGAUGGGAUAAAGCACAUGCAGGGACGGAGUAUGGAGGACUUAAAUUAGGAAAGUUUCCAAAGAGUUUGGUGUAAAAACCAGGAACUUCAGAUGCUCUGAUUUGCACUGUGAUUAUAUGUCGCUUAUGGAAAUGUUUUUCAGCUAUGAAAAUAUUGGGUUUUAUGUUUUGGGUUUUUUUUUUUUUUUCAACCUGUAAUUGUUAUUCUUUCAAUGACCCUGUGGAGGAACAAACUUGAAAUAAACUUGACUAGAAAAC